AUGCAAGAACUGCCGGAUUGUUUGUACGAGGGAAAGCAACCAACCUUAAUCACUCCUACAUCUCCCACACCUAAUCACUCUCUAUACCUCUCCAACCUCGACGACCAUUAUUUUCUCAGAUUCUCUAUUAAGUACGUUUACCUUUUCCAAAAAUCUGUCCCCUCUCUAACCCUCAAAGAUUCUCUGUCUAGGGUUCUAGUUGAUUACUACCCUUUUGCCGGAAGGAUCAAAGUCUCUAAUGACCAAAGCAAGCUUGAGGUUGAUUGUAAUGGGGAAGGCGCGGUUUUCGCAGAAGCUUUCAUGGAUAUAACUUGUCAGGAUUUUAUUCAGCUUUCACCUAAGCCAAACAAGUCUUGGAGGAAGCUCUUGUUUAAGGUUCAAGCUCCGAGUUUCUUGGAUAUUCCUCCUCUUGUCAUACAGGUGACGCAUCUCCGUUGCGGGGGUAUGAUCCUCUGCACCGCGAUCAAUCAUUGCCUUUGUGACGGCAUCGGCACAUCGCAAUUCCUACAUGCAUGGGCCCAUGCCAACACCAAUGCUCAUUUUCCGAUCCGACCGUUCCACUCCCGCCACGUGUUAGAUCCGCGAAAUACACCACGUGUCACGCACUCGCAUCCCGGUUUCACCCGAGCCACCACCACCGUCGAAAAAACCUCCACCUUCGACAUUUGCAAGUAUUUACAAUCCCAACCACUGGCUCCCGCCACCUUAACCUUCACUCCAUCUCUUAUCCUACGCCUAAAGAAAACAUGCUUUCCCUCGCUAAAAUGCACGACGUUCGAGGCACUAGCCGCUCACACUUGGCGCUCGUGGGCACGGUCUCUUGACUUACCGUUGACCAUGCUGGUCAAACUUUUGUUCUCUGUUAAUGUGAGGAAAAGGCUGUGUCCAGAGCUUCCACAAGGGUAUUAUGGUAACGGAUUCGUGCUAGCGUGCGCCGAGAGCAACGUACAAGACUUAGUCAAUGGCAAUAUUUACCACGCGGUAAAGUUAAUACAAGAGGCGAAAGCGGGAAUCACCGACGACUAUGUCAGAUCGACAAUAGAUUUACUGGAGGAUAAAACAGUAAAAACGGACGUCACCUGCGGUUUGGUUAUUUCUCAAUGGGCUAAACUGGGACUAGAGGAGUUGGACUUGGGAGGAGGAAAGCCAAUGUAUAUGGGUCCUCUCACGAGUGAUAUCUACUGUCUAUUUUUGCCGGUCGCUGGAAACUGUGAUGCUAUUAGGGUUCAGGUGUCUCUGCCGGUGGAUGUUGUGAAGAGGCUAGAGUAUUACAUGGUUAAGUUUCUAGAUGAAAAAAGUAACGAAGAAAAAUCUCUUGUAUAA